AUGCUUGUUCUUCUUGUGCUGGCGAUGCUAGCCAGCGCAGACACCAUCUAUAACUAUCAUAACCGAACAGCCUAUAUACAGCAUAAUGACUCGCUGAUUUUGCUUCCCUUUAAUUCCAAGUUCAAAACUGGCCAGACAGUGACGGACCUUUGGAAACUCCCCGCUGACAAUUGCAAAGUGAUAUCGGUCUCCAACAAUCUAUACGCUUUCUACAAUACCAACACCUCCGAUUCGUCUGUUCUAACGGUAUCCCAGUUCAACAAGACAACUGAAGAAUGGAAAGACCUGGACUUCGAGUCGCCACUAGAGUACCUUUCGGGCAGCGCCUAUAUGGCGACGCCUGACUCUCCAAGCUCGGUUUAUGUGUAUGGAGGCUAUAACUCAUCAUCCGGCUCAAUUUCCGGACGACUAGUGCAAAUAGACCUCAACUCCCUGGAAAUAGCAGACACUCAGUCUUCACUGCAACCGACCAGUUUCUACGACUCCUCGUCGCUUCUGAUCAACCACAACACUCUUGUUCUGGUCGGAGGAAAAACAGGAAGCGGCUGGGUAAGCUUGAAACAGCUGGCGGUGUGGCAGUACGAGUCUUGGGGCUUCAAAAGCGUAUCGGUGGAUAAAUCAGACACCAUUAACUCCAGGGCCGGGGCGCUGUUACUGCCUGUAUUUUCGAGCAAUAUGAUCACCCAGGAGUAUCUCAGCAGCAACUACAGCGACUUCUCGGUCGAUUCUGUGCUGAUGGUGGGAGGGGGUCUCUCUUCUGGAUCGUACAGCUCGCCAAAUUUUGCUAGGUUGAACGUGGGGUCUUCUUGGUCAUGGACCUCGCUGGACACCACAGUGAGUCUCGCGAACUCAAAAACCAACAAUGCCAACAACAGCCAACUGAGCGUGAACAACAUAGUCGGCGCCGCUGUGAUCUACGACACGCUAGUCGUGGUAAAUGGAGACAGUGCCAAUUACAGCCUGACGCUGUAUAACACAACGAGUUUCGAGGUGCUCGAGUCGGUCGAUUAUUCAAGUCUGGCGAAAAAGACAUCGGGCAAGUCCAACAAGAGCCUGGUGAUCGCGCUGUCCGUGCUGAUCCCUGCCCUCGCAGCAACAAUCGUCGCCCUGGUGGCAGUCUGGCUCUACAAAAAAUACAAGUCACGUGAGGCAGAAAAGCAGAAGGAAAAAGACCUGAAGGAUAUCAUGGAAUUUUACCAGGCUGGAAACUCCUCGUCAACAACGUUUGCCUCGCAUGGAGCGGAGAAGGAGAACACGUACUUUGGGAACCACGUCAAGGUCAAUAAUUACGACGACGGCGAUAAUCUUUCCAUCAGCUCAUGGAAACGCAAAAGAUGGCAGCUGGAGUCUGAAAUGAUCAACCACGACCAGGACACAGACCCUGAGCCAGAGCCAACACCCGAGCCAGCAGAAAGAAGCCCCGUGUCGCCCCUCAAACGGUCGCUGUCCACAUUUUCGAACUCCCUGGGCCGCUCGCUCAGACGCAGCUUUUCGUACCAGUCCAGUAUCCGUACUUUCUUCACAGCAGAGACCACGCUAGACGAUUCCGGCCACAGUCCGAAGCUCACCAACAUUCCUGUUUUGCGGCCCACAGAGGCAUCCAACUCAACGCUCCAUCUGAUUCCCGAAGACUCCUCUCUCAACUCUUUCAAACUAAAGGCCGUAGCAGACUCGCACUCAAUGACCUCAAACUCGACCAUCUGCGAACAUAGCGAGAGCUCGGGCUCUCCGCCGGCGUCGCCGCCGCCAGCAGCGCGCACAACGUCGCUGGUAUUUCACAACAGAGCGCCCAUCAUGGCGAUGCCCGGCCGGUCUAAGGAUUCCCUGCCCCCUCCGGAGUCGGACCUGGAGAACUUGGACGUGCAAAUUCUGGUGAGCUCCAAACGACGUUCCAAACUCAGAGUCACCAACCCGGACCCAGACGGGCCGCGGAAACGCACAGCCAGCAACGAACACGACGAAGAACAGUAA